CCUUUUGUAAUAGAAAGCUAAUAUUAAUCAAAGGUAGGCGACAAAAACUUGCUGUUAGUUUAGCGAUAGGAGGGAAAACAAUUUAUUUAUUUUCUCUCUCUUAGACAGUUCUGCGCCAACUUCUGAAAUCUUCAGUUAAUCUUUUCGCUUUUGAGGGUAAAUGUACGAUAAAAACACCGUUAAUCAAAAAUCGUCACCAAAGAACAACGCCUCCAGCAAAAAAGCCCGAUUUUGAUUUAAGAUACCGUCAGUAGUAAAUUAAUUAGUUCCUCUCUAUCUCAAUUUAUCUUAAUUUGAAAAAAAAAGUAAAUCCUAAGAACUUAAUUAGCUUAGAUUUCAGGUUAAAGUCAUUUGAGAAAAAGAAAAUAAUAACAAGCAUCGUCAACUGAGUGAAAGACCAAGAAACUGGCAAAACUAAAAUGUCGACCCGGAUAUCGAAGUUAAAAAUAUAUCUUUUCUUUUCUCUCGCUUGUGUUUGCCUUUUGAGCCCCCGCGUGUUAUGCCGAAGUGCACACUAUUAUUACGUAAUCGACAACAGUGACGACACAUCCGCGUUCAGUCAGACGAAUGGUGGGCUGGCCGACACUAAUGUGCACACAAUGCAGCUACUUGUGCAGCAGUUGCAAAAACAACUAGAUUCAGCCCACUUCCAGCCGAUGAAACGAGAGGAACCGGCGAACAGUGUCGGAGUGAUCUCCGCCCUAGAUGACCUCACAACAGUCGACUACAGCUCCUCCUUCCCAGUUGGCGGAGAGGAAGGAGACCCCCUUAAGAUCAAAAGGGGGGCACAGGUCACCGGAGAUCAGGCAGGAAACGUGGGAAGAAGAAAUUACAUGCAGCAGCUGCAUAACCUCAGAGGGGGGUAAAAAUAAUGGCACCAAAAUCUAGACCUGAAACCAAAGCACACUUCUGCGUUUAUUCCAUUCUUGACAAUACCCGAAACAGCUUCGAUUGAAUACUUUGGAACUCUCGUCUCGUUUUAUGUCUAAGUUAAAUUGAAUUAGGAUGUGAUGGUAAUUUUUUCAGCGUUCUUUCAGACUAGCAACUUGGUUGAGGUUAAAUAUAUUACUAGUUCAAAUGAUAAACAAUGUUGCUUGUACUUUUGUGGAUAAUUUUCAACCAAAGUUGCACUUAUUUAGAGAAAGAAACAAUCUUUACCAUUUUAUCAAAUCAGUGAAAAAUGCCAAAGCACAACAUAUUCUGUUAUGAAUGAGAUAGAUUGGAUAUCUUAUUUUGCCACCAAUUGAACGAAUGAACUCGC